AUGUCGAAAGAAACAGCGUCUAUGAGAGAAAUACAACACAACCGACAACUCAUUAUGCAAGCUCUAAAUAAGAACACAACAAACUUUUCAAACUAUUCUAAGAUAUCUGAGUCAUUGAAAGAAGGAAACUUAAAACUGACAUUAAACCCAAUGACAGAUGAGUUUCUGUUUCAAGACAAUAAGAACCAUACUGUCUGUAUAAAUCCAACAAAAGGAACUUUAAACGAGAAACCUAUAAAUGAACUUCUUUUGAAAACAGAUGUUGACAACAAAGCUGACAAAGAGUAUGUCAUUGAAAAAGUUCAAGAAGAACAUGACAGAGCAGAUGCAACAUAUGCAACGAAAGAACAUACUCAUCCUGAACUAGCAGACAAAACAUAUGUUGACAAUAAAAUGUCAAGUGAAGUGACAAGAGCUGACAAAGAAUAUUCUAAAAAGACUCAUACACAUACCAUUGCAAAUAUUACAAACUUACAAGAAACCUUAAACAGGAAAAGUGACGUUGGACAUACACAUUCUAUAUCUGAAAUAACAGACUUAAACGUUAGCCUUGAAAAGAAAGCUGACAAAACAUAUGUCAACAGUGAGUUAGAGGAGAAAGUAGAUAAGGGACUUAUGGCUA